AUGGAAUUAUUUUCAAUGGCAGUCAUAUGUGAAGGGCGACGUAAUAGGUCACAAGAGUUACCUAAAUUACCGCACAUACAAGCAUCGCCCUGUUUUGACAACAAAGAUAUUCAACGAGUGUUGGAAAAGAUUUCUUGUUUUCAUUUUUUCUUGCUGAUGGCAAAACUUUAUGCUUAUGUGUGUAUAUAUGCAAAAAGGCAUGAAACGCAACAAAGAGAAGAAAAAAAGCAGCAACACUUCAAUGAGUGGAAUAAAAAUUGA